AUGCAUAUACAGACAGAAUCGGUGCCAUCGAUGGUGAGGACCGGUGUCUCGCAGAUGAAGUGCUUGCGAUCCGAAGAGGCGUCCGGACAGCCCUUCGAAGAGGUGAGCGCUCGACUCCAGUCAGACCUGAGGAAUGGCUUGGAUUGGAAUGAAGUCGAGAAUCGGAUUAAAUGUUACGGUUAUAACGAAUUGGAGGUCAAACCACAGGAACCCCUUUGGAGGAAAUACAUCGAUCAGGCAUUGCAUUCACAUUCCUUCAAAAACCCGUUGAUUAUACUACUCUUGGGAUCAGCUCUGGUGAGCGUUUGUAUGCAACAAUUCGAUGACGCCUUCAGUAUUACUGCCGCGAUCAUUAUUGUAGUGACCGUUGCGUUCGUUCAGGAAUACAGAUCUGAGAAGUCGUUGGAAGAGCUGAACAAAUUAGUUCCACCCGUUUGUAACUGUCUUCGCUUAGGACAGGCGGAGACACUCUUUGCCCGACUUCUGGUUCCGGGAGAUAUAGUUCUGUUGACGACCGGCGAUAGAGUGCCCGCAGAUCUAAGACUCUUCGAAGCGGUCGACCUCUCCAUAGAUGAAAGUAGUUUUACGGGCGAAACUGAACCCUCGCUUAAGACUACUUAUCCAACGAACAUCAAAAGUAAUUCAGUUUCCGACAGACAUAACAUUGCAUUUAUGGGCACUUUAGUGAGAUGUGGGAACGGGAGGGGUAUUGUGAUCAGCACUGGCGUCAACUCAGAGUUCGGUGAGAUUUUCAAAAUGAUGGAAUCAGAAGAGGCGCCCAAAACACCGCUCCAGAAGAGUAUGGACUCAUUGGGCACUCAGUUGUCGUUUUACUCGUUCGGAAUAAUCGGAAUGAUUAUGACAUUGGGAUGGAUUCAGGGCCGACCUGUUCUCGAAAUGUUUAACAUUGGUGUGAGUCUAGCGGUGGCCGCCAUUCCCGAAGGCCUGCCUAUCGUAGUGACAGUUACGCUGGCGUUGGGUGUAAUGAGAAUGGCUAAGAGGAAAGCCAUUGUCAAGCGUUUGCCAACCGUUGAGACGUUAGGCUGUGUGGACACCAUUUGUUCGGACAAAACCGGAACACUCACUAAGAAUGAGAUGACUGUCACCGCAAUCGUCACGUCAGAGCUCUAUAGGGCGGACGUGAGUGGCGUCGGGUAUAACGGGAGCGGAGAAAUCAUUCUGAGCGAAGACACCGAGUCUUAUAAGAAACAGAUGGACGCAAUGAAGAGGUUAAUAGAGGUCGGGUGUAUCUGCAAUAACGCUGACAUUACCGGUGGACAACUUAGAGGCCAACCAACCGAAGGAGCGCUCAUAGCGGCCGCUCACAAGUUGGAUAUGUUUGGCAUCAAAGAUAAAUACAUACGAUUACAAGAGUUUCCUUUUUCUUCUGAGCAAAAACUAAUGGCAGUUAAAUGUAUUCCAAAGUUUGGCCCCAAAGACGAGGAAAGGUAUUACGCGAAGGGAGCCAUUGAGAAGGUGUUAACCCUCUGUACUAAGUAUUCUGCGAGUGAGACAGUUAUGCCUAUGGAUACCGAUCGACAAAAUCAAUAUAUUAGUGAAUCCCAAUAUUUGGGUCGAAAAGGAUUGAGAGUUCUGGGCUUUGGUUAUGGGAACAAAUUGGAUGACAUGGUGUUCGUGGGAAUGGUUGGCAUUUUAGACCCUCCGCGACCUGGAGUUAGAGAGUCGAUACGAACUCUUCAGGCCAGUGGUGUUAGUGUUAAGAUGUUGACCGGCGACUCAAUGGACACCGCCUGUGCUAUCGCGACAAGACUUGGGUUUUACGCGACCGGGAAUUCAGUGAUUUCUGGCCAAGAGAUCGACGUUAUGGACGAUCACUCGUUUGCGAUGAGAAUCCCAUCAGUGAGUGUCUUCUAUCGCGUGGGUCCGGCGCACAAACUCAAGAUUGUUAAGGCCUUACAAAAGAACGGCGCUAUCGUCGGUAUGACCGGCGAUGGUGUCAACGAUGGCGUCGCUCUCAAGAAAGCCGACAUUGGAAUAGCGAUGGGAAAGAGUGGAACCGAUGUGUGCAAAGAAGCGGCUGAUAUGAUACUCGUUGACGACGACUUCUUUACUAUCAUGGCUGCCAUAGAAGAAGGAAAAGGCAUUUUCCAUAAUAUUCGCAAUUUUGUUCGCUUCCAACUGUCGACGAGUAUCGCCGCCCUCUCACUGAUAGCCUUCUCGACACUCAUGCAUAUUCCUAACCCUCUGAACGCAAUGCAAAUCUUGUGGAUCAACAUAAUAAUGGACGGCCCGCCCGCUCAGAGUCUAGGCGUAGAACCUGUCGAUCACGACAUACUUAUCCAACCGCCGCGUAAUGUCAAAGAACCGAUGAUAACAAAGGACCUGAUAAUUAACGUAUUGGUUUCGGCCUCUAUUAUCAUUACCGGAACUCUAUUUGUAUUCGUUGCAGAAAUGAGUGACGGAAAAGUGACUCCAAGAGACACGACAAUGACUUUUACGUGUUUUGUAUUUUUCGAUAUGUUUAACGCAUUGAGUUGUCGUUCACAGAUGAGUGACGGAAAAGUGACUCCAAGAGACACGACAAUGACUUUUACGUGUUUUGUAUUUUUCGAUAUGUUUAACGCAUUGAGUUGUCGUUCACAGGUGAAGUCUGUGUUCACAAUCGGACUCUUGACGAACAAACCAUUUGUAAUAUCAGUAACGGGUUCUCUAAUCUGUCAAAUGCUUGUCAUAUAUUUGCCACAAUUGCAGAAGAUAUUUGUGACCGAAGCCCUAUCUUUUGGUGAUCUGUUAUUUCUGUUUUGCAUCACUUCUACUGUUUUUAUUAUCUCAGAAAUAAGGAAACUAUUUAUGAGGAGAGCUGUUAAGAAAGAGAAACGAAAUCAAAUGAGUGACGGAAAAGUGACUCCAAGAGACACGACAAUGACUUUUACGUGUUUUGUAUUUUUCGAUAUGUUUAACGCAUUGAGUUGUCGUUCACAGGUGAAGUCUGUGUUCACAAUUGGACUCUUGACGAACAAACCAUUUGUAAUAUCAGUAACGGGUUCUCUAAUCUGUCAAAUGCUUGUCAUAUAUUUGCCACAAUUGCAGAAGAUAUUUGUGACGGAAGCCCUAUCUUUUGGUGAUCUGUUGUUUCUGUUUUGCAUCACUUCUACUGUUUUUAUUAUCUCAGAAAUAAGGAAACUAUUUAUGAGGAGAGCUGUUAAGAAAGAGAAACGAAAUCAAGCAGAAUAUACUGUGGACUCAAUUGUUCAAUGA